AUGAGGUCGCGCCGCGGCUCGCGGCGCGAUGCGAAUAAAGGCGGAAUGGUGCCGAUCCGCGCGCUCGACGCAGCACAGCCGUUCGAUUACGAGCAUCGACAGAAGCGGCAGCUGGAAGAGAAGGGCAGGCUGAACAUCGGCAUUCUGGGCUUCGGCAAUUUCGGGCAGUUCUUGGCGCGGCGCUUCGCGCGAAACGGGCACCGCCUGACAGCGUGGUCGCGGUCCGACUACUCGCAGGUCGCGAAGCAGAUGGGCGUGCGCUUCUUCACCGACAUGGACGAUUUCUGUGAGGAGCAUCCCGAUGUCGUCCUCCUCUGCACGUCCAUCAUCUCCAGCGACUCGCUGCUGCGCUCGCUGCCGCUGCAGCGCCUCAAGAGGAACACACUCUUCGUGGACGUGCUCUCAGUCAAGGUCUUCCCCAAGAUGCUGCUGCUGCAGGUGCUCCCCCCAGAGUUUGACAUCCUCUGCACGCACCCCAUGUUCGGCCCGGAGAGCGGCAAGGGCUCGUGGGAGGGGCUGUCGUUUGUGUUCGACCGCGUGAGGAUCACACCAGGCGAGAGGGCUGAGAAGGCCGACCGCUUUCUGCAGAUCUUCCACGGGGAGGGGUGUCGUAUGGUGGAGAUGACGUGUGAGGAGCAUGACAAGUAUGCAGCAGGCACGCAGUUCAUCACUCACACUGUCGGCAGAGUGUUGGGCAAGCUAGGUCUGGAAAGCACACCCAUCAACACCAAGGGAUACGAGACGCUUCUCAACCUGGUGGAGAACACGGCGGGGGACAGCUUCGACCUUUACUACGGGCUCUUCAUGUACAACACCAAUGCCACCGAGGAGCUGCAACGUCUGGAGAUGGCAUUUGAUGCAUUGAAGAAGCAGCUGCUAGAUCAGCUGCACGACGUGCUGCGACUGCAGCUCUUCGGCAUGCCCCCUUCCGCCACCGCCCUCCCUUCCACCUCCCCUCCCUCCUCCUCAUCCUCUCACUCCUCUUCCUCUCGCGCCUUCUCUCCCUCCCCACUCACCUCCCCUGUUCCCCGAUCCCCCACGUCUGAACGAGCUCGCCCCUCCUCCCUUCCCCGCCAGCCAUCGUUCCCUCCACCCGCCUCUGGCGGUGUGACACGAGGCGCUGCAGCAGCAGCAGCAGCAGCAGCAGCAGCAGCAGCAGCAGCAGCAGCAGCAGCAGCAGCAGUAGCAGCAGCAGCAGCAGCAGCAGCAGCAGCAGCAGCAGCAGCAGCAGCAGCAGCAGCAGCAGCAGCAGCAGCAGCAGCAGCAGCAGCAGCAGCAGCAGCAGCAGCAGCAGCAGCAGCAGCAGCAGCAGCAGCAGCAGCAGCAGCAGCAGCAGCAGCAGCAGCAGCAGCAGCAGCAGCAGCAGCAGCAGCAGCAGCAGCAGCAGCAGCAGCAGCAGCAGCAGCAGCAGCAGCAGCAGCAAGCAGCAGCAGCAGCCUGUUCCUGCUGCUGCUGCUGCAGUCGCUGCUGCAGCCUGAGCGCCCCAACCCCUGGCUGCACCACGGGCUGGAGCUGCUGCUGGAGGACACGGGGGGGAGGCCCUCACGCAUGGGCUCCCAUCUCCCCGCACAUGCCUCUCAAUCCACGCUCGCCCAUCCCUCCCCAUCACCCCUCCCGCCCACAGGAGCGGCCCAACCCCUGGCUGCAUCACGGGCUGGAGCCGCUGCUGGAGGGCACCAAGGGAGGGCCCUCACGCAUGGGCGCCCAUCUCCCCGCCCACGCCUCUCAAUCCACGCCCGCCCAUCCCUCUCCACCCAUCUCACCUCCCAGGAGCGGCCCAACCCCUGGUUGCACCACGGGCUGGAGCUGCUGCUGGAGGGCACCAAGGGAGGGCUCAAGCGUCUAAGCCUCCAGUUCGAAUGGCAGGUUCCGUUCACGGACCGGCUGCUGGGGGCGGUGGGGCGGCUGUGCCCUGGUCUGGAGGAGUUCACGUUGAUCGCUGCUGAUUACCUCGUCACUGAGACUGCUGUAGCGGCCUUCUUACGAGCCUGCCCGAAGGUCCACACCUUUCAUUGCUACGUGCGAUCUGCCAUCCCCAUCCACAGCCUGGGAGAUAAUCUGCUGUGGCAGGUGAACCGCAAGUGGCCGCACCUCCAGUCCCUGGCCAUCAACGGUAACCACAUCACGGAGAAUGGCGUUUUUGCGCUCGCAUCCUGUGUGCACCUGCACUCUCUGUCCCUACACGGCUACCACAGGGGCAUUUUCGAGCGAGCCAAAACAACGGCAGACAGUGAAGCAUCCAUCUUCCCCGCCCUGUCCUCCCUUUCCUUCUCCUACAACCUCCCCACACCCGCCGAGCUCCGCCGAAUCCUCCGCAUGUGUCCCUUGCUCUCCUCACUUGUGCUGCACCCCUCACCUCCUCCUCCCGAGGCCACACCUGGCAGCCCCAGCAGUGGGCUUGUGAGUGGUAGUAGAGGCAUGCAUGAAGCUGUAACUUUAAAGGGGGUGGUUGAGCAGGAGUGUGAGGGGGCUGUGAGUGUGAUUAUAGAGGAAGCGCCUGCGAAGAAGACUAGUUAUGACUUGACUGCUGUUGCGCAUGGCUUGGGGAUCAAGGAUUUGACCAAGUAUUAA